AAACCAAACGAAUUUAUUUGUUGUUUGUUGUGUAGAUAGAAAUAAAAAUCAGUCAAAUCAUGGAAAAUACAUGUGUUGGUGACGAAGAACUCAUGAAGCUACAUUUACAAAUAGCUGAAAAGGAUAAACAAGAACAUUUAGCUACGGCCGCAGUAGCCACGGAGACGCUCACAAAGCUCAACAUAUCCAUCGACGCCCUCCCACAAAAAACCCAACAACUCCUCCUAAAAGCCGCCCAACAGCAAGCAUUGGACAUCGUCCAACUCGACCCAAUCGCCAUCUCCCUACGUCACUCUCGAGAACUAGCAGAUGAACUGGACGACGAAUACGAAUUACUCAAACUUACACAAAAGAACGAAGUGUUGCAAGCGAAAAUAGACCGUAACAACAGGUUUAUGGAGGAGUUGAGGAGGGAAUUAGCGUGCUCGAGGGAGAGUUUGAGGAUGCAGAACCCUAAUCCGGAGAAUAUUCAGGAGUUGGUGCGGCAGAUGAGGCAGAAGGUGUUUGCUUAUGAGGAGAGCUGCCAAUUGGCUAAGACUAAAUUCAACAAACUGUCCGUACCCGAAGCGUGCUAUCCCAAGUCCUUAGCGCUGCUGGCCUCGACCCUGGAGUCCCUCAGAGCUGAAGCCCUGUCGCUGCAGCAGCGGGCUGAAGACAUCACUCUGGCGAGAGAAGCUAGGGAACUCCUCAGUGCUACCAGGAGAUGAAACGUAGCCCGCCUGAUGGUAAGCGGUCAUCAUAACCC